UUCACGCAGCCCCGGAAGCGUCGUCUCUAUUUCUGCGUACAAAACUUUCCAUCUACCUUCUUACUGAAAGGAAUAUAGUUCGCUCUAAAGUGAAGGAUCAUCCCUACGUUCUUUCUUUCUGCCCUUAUGCAUUUAUGUGUAUCUUUCUUGGAUAGUUAUACAAGAAGUGAAAGAGACGUGGGCUUUCGUUCACCAUUGUUUGAGAGAGAAUGAGUCUUUUAGAAAGAUUGUUGGCAUUGGCAUGGAUGAUGGCGAUGGUUGCGGUGAUGAGGGUCGCUUCACAUGAUUAUGGGGAUGCACUCAGUAAGAGCAUUUUGUUCUUUGAAGGACAGAGGUCAGGGAAGUUACCCUCUACCCAAAGGAUCACUUGGAGAAAGGAUUCUGCUCUUAACGACGGCCAUCAGAUUGGUGUUGAUUUGGUGGGCGGAUACUAUGAUGCUGGUGACAAUGUUAAAUUCAACUUUCCAAUGGCAUUCUCAACGACAAUGCUGGCUUGGAGUGUAACAGAGUUUGGCAAGUUCAUGGGUCCUGAUCAGCAACGUGCACUAGAAGCUAUUCAGUGGGCAACUGAUUACUUCCUUAAAGCCACCAGCAUUCCCGGCUUUGUAUUUGCGCUAGUUGGUGAUCCUUAUGCCGAUCACAGUUGCUGGGAGAGGCCUGAGGACAUGGACACCCCUAGAACCCCUUAUGCAGUCAGCAAAACUUUCCCGGGCUCUGAAGUUUCCGGCGAGAUAGCGGCUGCCCUUGCUGCUGCUUCUAUUGUGUUUAGGCCAAAAAACCUUGGAUAUUCUGCAAGGCUUCUCAAAAGGGCUAAAAUGAUUUUUGAUUUUGCAGAUACUUACCGCGGAUCUUACAAUGUUAGUCUUGGACAAUGGGUGUGCCCAUUUUACUGUGAUUUCAGUGGCUACGAGGAUGAAUUGGUCUGGGGAGCCGCAUGGUUAUAUAGGGCCACUAAGGCGCCUAAUUACCGGAACUAUGUUGUGGAUAACGCAAAACAUUUAAGCAAAAUCUUAGUAAGAAAUAUAGAUGGUGCCACGUAUAGCGGUGGUAGUUUCGCUGAAUUUGGAUGGGAUGCUAAGCAUGCAGGCAUUAACGUACUUGUUUCCCAGUUGCUGCUGAGAAGCAAUACUACUAAUUUAUUAGAUCCAUUCAUUCCCAAUGCGGACAAGUUUGUAUGCACUGUGUUGCCUGAAUCACCUACCCUAUCAGUCUCUUACUCUCCAGGAGGACUCCUAUUCAAACCAGGAGGAAGUAACAUGCAACAUACGACGACUUUGUCCUUUCUUCUUCUGGUUUAUUCUCUUUAUUUAAAUCAAGCCAAUAAACUGAUUUAUUGCGGUAACGUCGUUGCCAAUUCUUCUAGACUCGUGGAAAUGGCCAGAAGCCAGGUGGACUAUAUACUUGGAAGCAACCCAUUGAACAUGUCGUACAUGGUGGGAUAUGGGCAAAAAUAUCCUCAGAGGAUACACCACCGGGGAUCGUCUCUGCCUUCCAUUGAUCAGAUUCCUGAACACAUAGAUUGCCAGGGCGGAAGUGCAUACUUCAACAGUGACAAACCUAAUCCCAACUUGCUAAUAGGGGCUGUUGUUGGAGGACCUGAUAUGGAGGAUUCCUACGCUGACUCUAGAGCUGAUUUUGUACAUUCCGAGCCUACUACUUAUAUUAAUGCGCCUCUUGUUGGUCUCUUAGCUUAUUUCAGAUCCCAUCCCUCCUCAUAGCGUUUACAUUUAUUUUUAUUUUUAUUUUAUAGAUUUAUUCGUCCUUUUUUUUCUUUUGAACUAAAAAAAAAAGUACAGUUUUAAGAAAAAUGAAAUAUUCUUAUGAAUUAUUUAA